AUGUCUCAGAUCGCCGACGUCCCUGCUCCAUUCUCGCCGUUGGUGAAAUUGAACUUGCCCCCUCCUGAUGAAUACCGCAAGCGCAAGGUCGCGCUCAUCUCCGGGGCACGUAUUACCGGGCAAGAUGGAUCAUACUUGACUGAGCUACUCCUGUCGAAGGGCUAUGAGGUCCACGGCAUCAUCCGUCGCUCUUCAAGUUUCAACACGAGCCGUCUGCACCAUCUCUACUCAGACCAACACGAGCGGCCCAACAAGUUCAAGUUGCACUACGGCGACCUAAGCGACAGCACGAACCUCGUGUACAUCAUCGCACAAGUGCAGCCGACCGAGGUGUACAACCUCGGCGCGCAGUCGCACGUCAAGGUCUCGUUCGAGAUGGCCGAGUACACGGGCAAUGUCGAUGGACUAGGCACGCUUCGCCUGCUCGACGCAAUCCGGACGUGUGGGCUCGAUAAGCACGUGCGCUUCUACCAGGCGUCGACGUCCGAGCUCUAUGGCAAGGUCGUUGAGACACUCCAGAGCGAGACGACCCCCUUCUACCCGCGCAGCCCGUACGGCGUCGCGAAGCUGUACGCGUUCUGGAUCACCGUCAAUUACCGCGAAGCGUACGGAAUGUAUGCUUGCAACGGCAUCCUCUUCAAUCACGAGAGUCCGCGUCGGGGGCGGACGUUUGUCACGCGCAAGAUCUCGCGCGCGGCUGCAGACAUCUCGUUGGGCAAGCAGUCCUGCCUCUACCUCGGUAACAUAGACGCGCAGCGUGACUGGGGACACGCUGCUGACUACGUGGAGGGGAUGUGGCGAAUGCUGCAGCAGGACGGCCCAGAGGACUUCGUCCUCGCCACAGGUGAGACGCAUCGUGUCCGCGAGUUCGUCGAGAAGGCGUUCGGCCUGCUUGGCAUGGAGAUCAAAUGGCGAGGCUCUGGGACAAACGAGGAAGGCAUCGACGCUAAGACAGGCAAGGUGGUCGUCAAGGUCGACCCGGGGUAUUUCCGUCCCGCUGAAGUCGACCUUCUGCUCGGAAACCCUGCAAAAGCCGAGCGCCUGCUCGGCUGGAAGCGCAAGGUCGACUUCGACUCGCUCGUGAAAGAGAUGGUAGAGGCCGACCUGAAAGCGGCGAAGUCGCUCGUUGAGGAUCAGAACUGA